AUAAAGUCCUUGUUGCUUUUGGUUUUUCGAUUCACAGCUCACCGGAGAAUCAAAUUCCUGGAUUUCAAACUCCAAUUUCACAAGAAAGAUAGGAGAAGAAAACAGAGAUGGGGUGGUUUUCCAACAGAAUCGAUAGGCAGAAUCUGAAACCAGGAGAUCACAUUUACACAUGGAGGACUGCUUAUAUUUAUGCUCAUCACGGUAUCUAUGUUGGGGAUGAUACUGUCAUUCAUUUUACGAGGCAUGGCCAAGAAGUGGGUACAGGAACGGUGCUGGAUUCCCUCUUGAUAAAGAAAGGACCAGCCCGUUCCUAUGUUCCUUGCUCGACCUGCGAUAUAACGGGAGGAGAUAAUGGUGUCAUUUCCACGUGCUUGAACUGCUUCCUGGCUGGUGGUGUCUUGUGCCUUUUUGAGUAUGGAGUCAGUUCAGCCCACUUUCUCGCACAGCCGCGUGGUGGGACUUGCACUUUUGCACCCUCGGAUCCAGAUGAAGAAGUUGUCCAUCGAGCGAAAUACUUGCUUGAAAAUGGAUUUGGGGGAUACAACCUUUUCAAAAGUAACUGUGAACACUUUGCAAACUACUGUAAAACGGGGCUGCUCGUUGUGAAUCGAGGAACCAUUGGGCAGAGCGGCCAAGCAGAAUCCAUCAUACGCGGGCCUCUUGUAGCCAUGGUACAAACAGCAGCACUACGCCUUGCUGCCACAAAUGUUUUUGGCAUGGCAGCUACAUAUGUUGGCUUGUAUUGUGCAAACCGAUAUGCCAGUGAUAUUGGCAUAACGAAGAAUGUAGUGAAGGUGCGAGUCGAGGAACUGACUCAGGGGCUGGCUACAGGCCUGCUUCAGCUGGCUGAACCACAAGUUCCUGCAACUCAUCAGUAGCAGUAGCACCGAAACUAUUACUUGAUAACUUGGCAUAGCGUUAUUUCUUCUUAAUCUGAGGUACAAAUGUAUUCGACUUCGAGUCUCUAAGGAAGCCAGUGUCUUUCAUAUGAGAAGUGUGGUUAUUGAUGUUCCCUGAUUUCUGCUGUGUAUACCAGUGUCUUUUUUAG